AUGGGGGUGUCAGAUGAUGAUGCGGAGCCUGUAGUCGUCUCUCACGAAAAUACAAAGUCCAAGACCUUUCACUUUCUUGCAUCCCUCGCAAUGCUAGUUCUCCUUCCGGCGGUCUCCGUGGUGUAUGCCUUUGCCAACCGAUUCACGGUGGCCACAAUCAUCUGUUACUUUGUCACCGCCUACGCUGCGGUCGAGGCAAUCAUCUUGCGAUUCCCAGACCCGCUGGGCCACGAAAAUAAAACGUCCCGCGGCACUGCUUGGUUCUUGUUCUUCGUGUAUUGCGGGAUCUCUGCCAUCGGGAGUUUAUUGACUGGCACCAAUAUCUUCCAACGGUUCAAAAGCGGCAUAAAGUUUUCUGAAUCCACCUCCCACAGGUUCCUUGCAAUCCUCUUCAAAACGCUCGUGGUGAUUGUCUCAUUGGCCGGCUGGAUCAGGAUUUGUCUUGCGCCAGUGGCGCUUCUUGGAUUUUGCUACGACGACCAUACAGGUCAGUGUAUUGCCCACGGAAUCAUGGGUAGCAGUUUCAUUGCCUAUGGGCUUGUCAUGCUUCUCAUUUUGGUGGUCCCAAGUUUGCGCAGCCCGGCGACCCCCCGCCGGUACGCUCAAGAGUUCUACGACUCGUGGGCCAUUUUCGUUUGGGGGAUAGUGAACUCCUUGACGGAGCACCGCUGGGGCCAUGAAUGGAACCACGGUGAUUUUCAGCAUACGUCCAUGGGCUUGCUCUGGAUCGGGUUGGGGGCUCUGGGGAUCUUUCUCACCCGCAAGGGCAAGCGCUCAUUCAUGCCGGCGUUGACCCUCAUCUUUACCGGCUACUCAAUGAUCCAGCACUCUCAGAACAGCGUUAUCAGCACCAAAGUCCACGCUAUGUUUGGGAUGGUGUUAAUGUGCGCAGGUCUCACGCGAAUCAUCGAGAUUUCGUUUGUGCUCAAGGACGAACGGAGCGAUGCUAGUGGUGAAAUCCUUUCGUUCCAGUACCUCCCAGCGUUCUGUAUGAUUGAGUCAGGAUUGUUGUUUAUGGGUGCUACCGAAGAGCAGUUGGUGUUGGUGCACCAGAUUGGGGCUGAUCACUCGUCGUAUAUCUUAACGAUUACCUGUGCUGCCGGUAUGGUCAAUUUCUGGUUCUUGGCGUUGCUUGAGUGGUAUCUCCGGUUACAGAGAUCCAGUGAUGGGAGUGUCCUUAUCAAUGAAAGUUACGCGACCAUUGCUGGAGAGUUUGAGUUGGAUGAGAUAUCCGACGACGAACAUUAG